UUCGAAAAUCUUCUCCAAAUUCUUCAAAAUAUUUGAUGAAAGAGGUAGAGAUCAACGUACCAAAAUAUCAUCCAAAAACGUGACCAAUGUUUCAUUUGCCUUCACGUGCAAGAAUCAAAAUUGAAUCUUGGUGCAUAUACAAUUAUUUUUAAACUCGUAGGAUUAGUAUUUCAUUUCAUCCCAAAUUCUCACUCUAAUGGCGGAAGCUGACGUCAAAAAGAUGAUCGACGGCAACGCGCUGGUGUCGAUGUGCCUGUCACGCGCCGGCAUCGACAGGAUGUUCGGCGUCGUCGGCAUCCCCGUCACCUCCCUCGCCAACCGCGCCGUCGCCCUCGGCGUCCGCUUCAUCGCCUUCCACAACGAGCAGUCCGCGGGCUACGCCGCCUCCGCCUACGGCUACCUCACCGGCCGCCCCGGCGUCCUCCUCACCGUCUCCGGCCCCGGCUGCGUCCACGCCCUCGCCGGCCUCUCCAACGCCUCCGCCAACGCCUGGCCGAUGCUCCUCAUCUCCGGUUCCUCCGAUCAGAGCCUCGCCGGCCGCGGCGAUUUCCAGGAGCUCGAUCAAAUCGCCGCCGUUAAACCGUUCGCCAAAUUCUCCGCUAAAGCCACCGAUAUCACCGAAAUCCCCAAAUCCGUCUUCAGCGCCGUCGAUUGGGCCGUCGCCGGCCGCCCCGGGGGGACUUAUCUCGAUCUCCCCACCGAUGUGCUUCACCAGAGUGUUGAUGAGGCCGAGGCGGAGCGAUUGAUCGCAGAAGCCCUAAAUUCUCGAGAUAAAUCUCUAAUCGGAAACCCUAGAAUCGACAAUUCGACAAUUGAGAAGGCGGUGGAGCUGCUUAGGUCAGCGCAGAGGCCGUUGAUCGUGUUUGGAAAGGGGGCGGCUUAUGCGAAAUCCGAAAUUGAGCUGACGAAGCUGGUGGAGAGCACCGGAAUUCCAUUUCUACCGACCCCGAUGGGGAAGGGGCUGAUUUCCGAUAAGCACGAGCUGGCGGCCACGGCCGCCAGAUCACUCGCGAUCGGGAAAUGCGACGUCGCAUUAGUCGUUGGCGCGCGCCUCAACUGGCUGCUGCACUUCGGCCAGCCGCCUAAGUGGUCGAAAGACGUGAAAUUCAUCAUCGUCGACGUGUGUGAGGAGGAGAUUGAGCUGAGGAAGCCGUUUUUAGGGAUUUUGGGAGAUGCUAAAGAGGUUUUGGGAUUGAUUCAUAAGCAAAUCAAGGAUGAUCCCUUCUGUUUGGGGAAGAAUCAUCCAUGGAUUGAGGCGGUGAGGAGCAAGGCCAACGACAAUGUGGCGAAGAUGGAGGUGCAGUUGUCGAAGGUUGUGGUGCCGUUCAAUUUCUUGACCCCGAUGAAGAUCAUCAGGGAUGCAAUUUUGGGGGUGGGGAGUCCCGCGCCUGUGGUGGUCUCGGAAGGGGCUAAUACUAUGGAUGUGGGGCGAUCCGUGCUUGUGCAGACAGAGCCGAGGACGAGGUUGGAUGCUGGGACGUGGGGGACUAUGGGCGUCGGCCUUGGAUAUUGCAUUGCUGCUGCUGUGGCUUCGCCUGAUCGCUUAGUGGUGGCUGUUGAAGGGGACUCUGGAUUCGGAUUCAGUGCUAUGGAAGUCGAGACGCUUGUUAGAUAUCAACUGCCCGUGGUGAUAAUCGUCUUCAACAAUGGUGGAGUUUAUGGCGGUGACCGGAGAAACCCAGAGGAGAUAACAGGGCCUUACAAGGAUGAUCCUGCCCCAACAUCCUUUGUUCCCGGUGCAGCAUACCACAUCCUCAUCGAAGCAUUCGGGGGAAAGGGCUAUCUUGCUGGAACUCCCGAUGAGCUGAAAUCUGCGCUUGCUGAUACCUUCUCAGCAAGGAAGCCAGCUGUCAUAAACGUCACGAUCGAUCCGUAUGCCGGCGCGGAGAGCGGGAGGAUGCAGCACAUGAACUGAGGUUGAUCUGUUGAUUCCACUUAUCAAGGUCUUCUACUUGUAGUUUUGAAUGGUUACUAGAGUUGCUCUUUUUUUAAGUUUUGAACUGAGCCUUUUUACAACGACAAUAUUUUGGUUUAGAAAUAUAAAUUUGAAUAAGAGAGAAUUGGUUUCA